AUGCAGUUCAGUGGAAAGAGGAAGGAAGGUGGAUGUGUUUAACAGUUUAAAUUUAUCUUUCUCUUACAGAAUCUGUCUUUAUUCUCAGACUCUUCUGUGUUGUAGGUAGACGUGUCUGUGAUGUGACUGAGUUUCAUCUUGUGCACAUUAUUUAUCUGUGGACGUUUUUCUUGUUUGAAGUCACAGACGAGAGCAGCAGCUACUAUGAGUGUAACUGCAGCAGCCAGUGGAUUUGUUGUCCUUCUUCUCACUGUGACAGUGGUACAGUGUGAGAAUGGCUGGGAUGUGAGUUACACUUCUACUGAGAUCUGUGCCGUCAGAGGAUCAACAGUGGACAUUACCUGUACCUACACAUACCCAUCCACAGUUAAUAACCAUGAUACUACAGUUCAGGAACCUUUCUGGUUCAUUAAAGAGAGUAAUGGGAUUCACGUUGAUCUAAGGACUGAUCCGGAGUAUUCAGGUCGUGUGGAGAAUCUCUGUGGAAACAACACGUGCACUCUGAGAAUCUCUAACCUGAGAGAGAGCGACUCAGCUGUGUACAAGUUCAGGUUCACAACAAACCAACCUACUGGGAGUUUAACUGGUUCAGCUGGAGUCACUCUGUCAGUCACUGAUUUGCAUGUGCAGGUGAGCAGAUCAGUGAUAUAUGACUCUUAUAACUGGGCAGAGCUCAGGUGUCAGAGCAGUUGUCGUCUUCCUGAUCAUCUGAACUACGUCUGGUACGAGAAUCAACAGAAGACGGAGGAAGGAGAAUCUUAUGCAGAUACUUUUCGUCCUACAGAAAGAGUUUCCUGUGCUGUUAAAGGACUCGAGGAUUUCCGCUCUCCUUCAAUGUUGGUAAGGAGUCAGACUGACUGGAGUGUGAGUUACACUUCUACUGAGAUCUGUGCCUCCAGAGGAUCAACAGUGGACAUUAACUGUACCUACACAUACCCAUCCACAGUUAAUAACCAUGAUACUACAGUUCAGGAAACUUUCUGGUUCAUUAAAGAGAGUAAUGGGAUUCACGUUGAUCUAAGGAAUGAUUCAGAGUAUUCAGGUCGUGUGGAGAAUCUCUGUGGAAACAACACGUGCACUCUGAGAAUCUCUAACCUGAGAGAGAGCGACUCAGCUGUGUACAAGUUCAAGUUCACAACAAACCAACCUACUGGGAGUUUUACUGGUUCAGCUGGAGUCACUCUGUCUGUCACAGACCCUCAGCUCCAGGUACAUGUGAGGAGAUCAACAGCCAAUCCAUCUUCUACCUGGACAGAGCUGACCUGUCACAGCAGGUGUCAGCUCCCUGAUCAUCUUUCCUACGUUUGGUACAAUAACAAUAAACCUGUUGGACGAAAAAAAUACUUUCACCUCAAACACUUUAAUCCUGAAGACAGCUAUCACUGUGCUAUAGAAGGACAGGAGCGUUUCCCUUCUCCUACAGUGUACUAUCCUUCAGAUGCUCCAAAGCCUCCCUCUGUGUCAGUGAGUCCCUCUGGUGAGAUCAUGGAGGGCAGCUCAGUGACUCUGACCUGCAGCAGUGAUGCUAACCCAGCAGCUCACUACACCUGGUACAAGGAGGACGAGGAUUCACCAACAGCAUCAGGACAAAUCUUCACCAUCACUGAUAUCACAGCUGAACAUGGUGGAAAGUAUCAGUGUGAGGCCCAGAACACACACGGACGUAGUAAGGCCACCUUACAUCUGACUGUUGGAGCAGUCUGUUGUCUAGGGAAGUCAGUGAUAAUCAUGAAUACCAUCAGGCUGACUAUGGUGGUCGUGCUGGUUCCAGUGCUGGUCUGGACUCUGUGGACGAGGAUGAAAAAAACUCUGAGCUUGAAAUCAGAACUGAAUGAAGCUGUGGAGAUGACAGAGGUGAGAGACAGUGAGGCCAAAAGAAUGACUCCAUAUCACUGUUUUCAUCUCACCAUGUUAGAGAAAGAGAUAAAACAUUUCUUGGAUCAGCUACUUUGUCUGAAUCUGCUCCAAAAUGUAAAAGGUUGUUUCCAUUGAACAAACAAACCAAUGGACAGGGGGAGCAACUAAGUUCAAACUGUUUUGAAUGAACUUUGAUUAUU